AUGUACGUGGGCUAUGUGCUGGACAAGGAUUCUCCGGUCUACCCCGGCCCCGCCAGGCCCGCGAGCCUCGGCCUGGGCCCGCAAGCCUACGGCCCCCCGCCCGCGCCCCCUGGGCCCUCGCAGUACCCCGACUUCACCGGCUACUCUCACGUGGAGCCGGCCCCCGCACCCUCUGCGGCCUGGAGCGCGCCCUUCUCUGCGCCCAAGGACGACUGGGCCGCCGCCUAUGGCCCAGGCCCUGCGGCCCCCGCCGCCAGCCCAGCCCCGCUGGCAUUCGGGCCCCCUCCGGACUUUAGCCCGGUGCCCGCGCCCCCUGGGCCUGGCCCAAGCCUCCUGGCGCAGCCCCUCGGCGGCCCGGGCGCACCGUCCUCGCCCGGAGCGCAAAGGCGGACGCCCUACGAGUGGAUGCGGCGCAGCGUGGCGGCGGGAGGCGGCUGUGGCAGCGGUAAGACCCGGACCAAGGACAAGUACCGCGUGGUCUACACCGACCACCAGCGCCUGGAGCUGGAAAAGGAGUUCCACUAUAGCCGUUACAUCACCAUCCGGCGGAAGUCAGAGCUGGCCGCCAAUCUGGGGCUCACUGAACGGCAGGUGAAGAUCUGGUUCCAAAACCGGCGGGCAAAGGAGCGCAAAGUGAACAAAAAGAAGCAGCAGCAGCAGCAGCCCCCACCGCCAGCCCACGAAGUGGCCCCCACUGCAGCUGGGCCGUCCCUGGGGGGCCUGGGCCCCAGCUCUGCCAGCCUCUUGGGUGCCUCCUCCCCAAUGCCUGUUAAGGAGGAGUAUCUGCCAUAG